AUGGUAUGGCAGAGUUGCUAUGCAGUGCUUGUUUGGAGCCUUUGUAUCUCUUCAAAGGCCCAGACAGUGAGCUGGAGCACCACAGUGGGUACCGAGCUCUACGACUACAGUCGGGCAGUGGUCAGCAACUCGCAGGGGGAGAUCUUUAUCGCAGGCGCAAGCCGUGGUCAGAUGGCAGAAAAUGGCACUUGGGAUGAGAUUGACACCACCAUGGACGCCUGGGUCAUGAAGUUCUCUUCUGACGGGAACCUGCUUUGGACGCUCGGCACUCCGCCUUCGGUGCGUAGCGACGCAGCGAGUGCUGCUUCCGCGCGGACGCGCGCGUCACGGCGAAAGGGUGCAGUGGAAAUCAGUGUGAUCUGGCUGGAUAUGACCACUGGCGCUGUGGUUCAGAGGGCGGAUGUGGCCACCCCGUCGCACACCUACCCGAAGGGCCCGGGGGGGCGCGCAGAUGGCGAGGUGGCCAAUUCCGGCAGAGGCGCUCUUGAGCGGGCUCCUGAGCUUGUUGUGGACCAAAGUGACAACAUCUUUCUGGUGGGCUACACCGGAGGCAGUCUGAACGGUCAGAAUGCAGGCUCGAAUGAUAUCUUCGUGAUGAAGCUGGACCCAUACGGUGAUCGGCUUUGGACCUGGCAAACCGGGACGGCCCAAGAUGACCGGGGCCAUUCCAUCCAGCUGGAUACGACCGGGAACAUCUUCGUUGGAGGAUCGGUCGGGAGUCGACCUGAUAUGGAGGCGACCUUGAAGACGCCCAAGUCGCAGGCCAUCGAGCGGCUUUUCUUGGUGCUCUUCUACGAAGGGUCAAGUGCCCAACACAUCCACAGAAACGUAGUGCGGAGUGCUAUGUCAGGUGACGACCACGUAGGUCAAGUCCAGGGAGGCGGCCAGCAGGAUUACAUCACUGUCAAGCUCAUGAAGUCUCUCGCUGGGAGGAAGAUCGUUAUCGUUUUCCUCCUUAUCAAUACAAAGAUGACCACGUACUCUGGAAGCGACAGGGAAUGUGGCGAGAGAGAGGCGUUGAUGGGUUUCCCUGUUGACUACACACGCCAGUGCGCCCCCAAGGCAGAGCAGAAGGGAGAACACUACGAGGACAUUCGCAUGAGUAUGAUUGGGAACAGCUGGCAUGUGGGAGUAUAG